AUGAUACCACCCGUUAAAGCAUUACUUGAACAAUGCAUAUUAUUAGCUCAACAACAGUCAUUCAGAGCAAUCGUUGUUACAUGUGAUCAUCCACAUAAACGAAUUCAAUCAAUUCAUAGAUCAGUGUUCAUUCAAGCGACUGAACGUAAACAAGAUAAGACAUUGACAGAAAUAUUGUACACACCUAAUACCAAUAUUGCAAGAUUGAAAGUUGAUGAGAGAUUAGAUGAUCAUAUACCAAGUGAAAAGUUAACAUGGAAGGAAUUUCAAUGGUUAAGAACGUUAACAAAAUUGCCCAUAAUUUGUAAAGGUAUUUUAUCUGUAGACGAUGCAAAAUUAACUUUAGAAUAUGGUGCCGAUGGAAUUGUGGUCAGUAAUCAUGGUGGCCGUCAGGUGGAUAGUGGACUAUCAGCUAUUGAAUGUUUGAAAGAUAUUGUAGAAUUUGUUAAUGGUCGUUGUGAAGUAUUUGUUGAUAGUGGCAUACGAACUGGAACAGAUGUUUUGAAAUGUUUAGCUUUGGAUGCUAAAGGUGUUCUUAUUGGCCGUCCUAUUUUGUAUGGUUUGGCAUGCGGAGGCUAUAAUGGUGUGGAAGCCGUACUUAAUUUUUUAAAACAGGAAUUGAUAUAUGAUAUGGCUAGUUGUGGUCUCAAAAGAAUUGAACAAAUCAAUGAACGAAUACUAUACAAAUAUCGUCAAUGA